GAGACAGCGACAUAAAGGCCCGCAUGUCUCCCCAUCCUCUCCCACAGGCUGAAAUGAGCUCAGUUUACUUUCACUUUCGUUAACAACCUGAGUGGGUCAGUUUUACCGAGUUAUAAGUGACGUUGACGCUCAGACUAAAUUCCCAUUGGCUCAGCUGGAGGUUGAUUUAAGCGUCCAUCUUCUCUUCUCCUCAUUUCAGCCUUUGUGCUCGAACUGGAAGUAUCCCUACAUUAUCUGUUUCUCUGGAUAAAGAAUCAUAUUAGUCGUUAAUCUAUCAAAGCUUUUGAUGCGACAGGACACGAUGAAGACCCUGGUCCUCCUGGCUCUCCUGGGAAUAGGUCUGCAUGGCGCAGCAGCAGCGACUCACUCUCUGAAGUAUUUCUACACUGCGUCUUCUGGAGUCCCAAACUUCCCAGAGUUUGUGGCUGUUGGGUUGGUUGAUGAAGUUCAGAUGAUUCACUAUGACAGUAACACCAUGAAAGCAGAACCCAAACAGGACUGGAUGAGCAGAGUCACAGCAGAUGAUCCUCAGUACUUUGGGAGGAACACUGAGAUCUAUGUGGGUACCCAGCAGACCUUCAAAGCCAACAUUGACAUUUUGAAGCAGCGCUUCAACCAAACUGGAGGUGUCCACAUUAACCAGAGGAUGUACGGCUGUGAGUGGGAUGAUGAGACUAAUGAGAUCAAUGUAUAUUAUCAAGAUGGUUAUGACGGAGAAGACUUCAUAGCAUUUGACCUGAAGACAGAGACAUGGAUCGCUCCAAAACAACAGGCUGUCAUCACCAAACACAAGUGGGAUAAUAACAAAGCUUUGAUCGCACAGGACAAGAACUACCUCACCCAGAUUUGCACUGAGUGGCUGAAGAAGUAUUUGGACUAUGGGAGGAGCUCUCUGCUGAGAACAGAGCUUCCCUCAGUGUCUCUCCUCCAGAAGACUCCCUCCUCUCCAGUCAGCUGCCACGCUACAGGUUUCUACCCUGACAGAGCCGUGAUGUUCUGGAGGAAAGAUGGAGAGGAGCUUCAUGAGGAGGUGGAGCACGGAGAGAUCCUCCCCAACCACGAUGGAUCCUUCCAGAUGAGUGUUGACCUGAAACUUUCAUCAGUCACACCUGAAGACUGGAGGAAGUACGACUGUGUGUUUCAGCUCUCUGGUGUGAAGGAGGACAUCGUCACCAAACUGGACAAAGCAGUGAUCAGGAGCAACGAAGGGAAUCCCAUUUCCAUGACUGUCAUCAUCAUUGCUGCAGUGGCCGUUCUUGCUCUUGUCGCCGUCGCUGCCAUUGGAUUCUUCAUUUACAAAAAGAAGAAUGCCAAACGCCCUCCAUCUCCUGUAAACGGCUCUGACGUCUUGGAGGAGCUGAAUCCAAAGGCCUAAAUGAAAAACACACCACCCUGAACACAGUUUAUGGAUAAAUUUUGCACUGGAACAAGGAGCGGUGCCUCCACAUCGUCCUCCGUAAACUGGGACUUCAUUGGUUAUUCGUCAUCAUAUCAUAAACUGAUAGAAUCAGGGUUGGGAAUCUAGUAGUUGAUGCUUAUUGGUUUGAAUACAAAGAAAACAAAUUUAAAAAUAAAUUGACAAAUAUUUGACAAACAUAAAAAAUAGAUGUUGACAUUAAAUUAUUUUAAUUAUUUAGUUUAAUUUUGUGACAUUUCCUCUGAUAAAAUGUUUUCUUAAAUGUGGGGAAAUCAAACGAGGACGAUUCAUAUUUUUUUUCUUGAAGAGAAGUAAAACACAAGAUUCAAAACAAUAAAAGCAUCACAGCACUCUUCAUACAUACAUAACUGAUUUAAACAUUUGUGUGUUCAUCUAAAACAAAUCCACCAUAGUUACAGUUUAAUACUUCUGGUUUUGGGGUUUUCUGAUAAAAUCAAUUAUGAUUGUAAAUAUACAUAUAUUGACACACACACACACACACACACACACACACACACACACACACACACACACAUUCCCAUUUUCAUAAAUAUAUACUCAUAGGGUCUGGCAAUAUGAUGAUAUAUACCUUGAGAUAACAUAUUUAUAAAUCAGCAGAGAGUUUUCUAUAGUAUUUAUACUGAUAAAGCCGUUCUUUGGUUAACUGGUUGUAUUAGAUCACUGUAGGCAAUACUGCAAAUCAAUCAGCAGCAUACUAAAAUGUUCUACGGAAACUGGACACCCUAAAUUGCCUGUAGGUGUCAAUGUAAUGGUUGUCUGUCGGUGUUACUCCUGGUGAUAAACUGUACUCCACCUCUCGCCCAGUGCAUGCUGGGAUUGACUCCAGUCCCCGCGACUCUCAGCAGGACGAGCCGGACAGGAAAUGGAUGGAUGGAGUUUUACAUCACUGUGCUGAAUUAUAUUGAUUUGUACGUAAAUCAUUGGACACGUAUUUCCAUCUGGUUACUGCUACAUCACUAAAUGGUUUCUUAUUUUAAUUUCCAGAAAAUGUACGACAUCAUGAAUACAGCAUGAAAUUAAAUUACAAUGAUAGGUUGUAUCAAUGUUGCCCACCCCUAUGUGCGCGCACACACACACACACAAAAUAUAAGCAUCAAUAAAAAUUAUUAUUUUCCAGUUGUGUAAAAAGUUUGCUUGUAUAUUUCUUUAAAACUGAUCGAAUUGAAAUAUCUUGUUUUGUUUUCAACCAAAAAAAAAUGUUUUUGAGGUUAAUUAAUCAGGAGUAUGUUGUUGUUUUUUGUUUCAUAAUUUUUAUCUUUUGAUCUGUUUAGAGCCAUUAUUAUAGUUUAAUUUUAGAUUAUACAUUUUCUUGAAAAUAUUUUCUGCUAGUGUUUAGGGAGGGGAUGUUUUCUCAGUUUUUUAAACAGAAAUUGAUCAGCGAUGCUCAAAAUCACCUCUUGUGUUGGGUUCAUUACUUUUGUACUGUUGUUUUGCUUAAACAAUAAAGUCCCUAAUUCUCCAAA